GAGCCCCGCUCACCUGCAACACAGCACCGAGGAGCUGGACCACAUCCGGACCGGACCGGACCGUGUCAGCAGACGAACUGUCCCUUUAAUGCGGAGCCGAGGAGGAUUAGUUUGACGCGAGGAGGAGUUUUCACCUGCAGCCGGAUUAUUAAUCGGAUUGAUCGAUGUUUCCAGAAGCCGAGUAGUUUCCGGUUGUAGUUCCUUCGAGCAGAGGUCGAGUCAUGAUGAGCUCCGAGGGUUUGAGGCCGAGCUCCUCCGGCAGGAAGCCGCUGGGGAAGCUGGCCUCCCGGCUGGAGGAGGUGAAGAACCCGUGGCGGCAGGGCUCCGCGCUGGAGCUGAGCCACAACGAGGCGGCCCGCCUGGCCACGGACGCGCUGCUGGAGCUCGGAGAGACCGAGUACCGGCGCGUGCUGGCCGAGGAGCGCGAGCUCAACUUCCUGUCCCCGCUGGAGGUCCGCUACAUCACCCAGCACGGCUCCAGCAGAACCUGCGGCUCGGACUCCGGUACCGGCACCGAGCGGGACUUCGGGGACGGGGACGCCGUGUCCGAGCUCACGUCCGGGACUUACUUCCCCAUGAUGUCCGACGAGGAGCCGCCGAUGCUGGAGCUGGGCUGGCCCGAACCGCCCAUGAGGUUCGGCCCGUCAGAGACCCAGAUCUACUUCCAGAGGGACAAGACCCACAACAUCAAAGACCUGAUCAGGUCCAUGAUCAACAAGGCCAAAAAGGUCAUCGCUCUGGUGAUGGACGUCUUCACCGACGUGGACCUGCUGUGUGACCUAAUGGAGGCGUCCAACAAGCGCCGAGUCCCCGUCUACAUCCUGCUGGACGAGAAGAACCUCAACUACUUCACGGACAUGUGCUUAGCGUUGGACAUUCAAGGCUCCCACCUGAACAACAUGCGGAUUCGCAGCGUUUGCGGCGACACGUACUGCACCAAGAGCGGGAAGAAGUUCUCUGGUCAGGUCCUGGAGAAGUUUCUGAUCAUCGACUGCGAGGAGGUUCUGGCCGGCUCCUACAGUUUCACCUGGCUUUCGGCUCAGGUGCACAGCAACAUGGUGAUGCACUUCUCAGGUCGUAUCGCCGACAGCUUUGAUCGGGAGUUUCGCUGUCUAUACGCCGACUCGCAGAUCAUCGACUGUUUCGACAACCAGGAGGACGAGGGGAUGCCUUACUACCCCCCAUACCCAGCCAUGAUGGUCCCUGGACUAAACAUGGGGAUUGGGGCCCUGGGGAUGGAUCUACUCUCUGACAGGCAACGGGACCGGGCGUUCUCUGAAAACUCCAGCAGCCAUUCCAGUAACAGCGUCUCCAGCAUCAAGGCUGCUCCCGGGAUGAAGUCCAACAACAUCUACAACGUCACUCAGAGUCACGAGAAGGAGCCCGCCGGCUCGUCUCAUCAGAGCCCAGAGAGGAGAGUUGUAGGGGCCGUACGAGUGUCGGGACAAACCCCGGCAGUACGAGGUUCUUCGAAUGGAGGAACCAGCCACAACCCAAUCCCUGAUCGCCCACCGCCGUCCUACGGUCAGCCGACAGGCCUCGACUGGAGCAAGCCCAACCAGGUGGACAUCAAGCGGGGGAAUAUUGGCAGCACGUCUAAUAAGUUUCAGGAGAUGGGGCUUUACGACCACAAACCAGGCAUGUUCCAGAGCACCCAGAACUCAAACCUGAACCCUAAGAUCCAGAAAACCUCCCCCGUCAAUGACACCAAGCUUAACCCAAAGCUGAGAACGCCCUCGAACAACUCUGCCCAGUUCCUCAACAAACUCACAGACCUGUUCCAUUCGCCGUCUCCCAAAGACAAAGAAACGUACAACUACCGGAGAUCCCCGUCCCCUCUCAGCUCCUCCCCAUGGGGAGGACCGGACCUCUGUCAGCCCGAACCAGAGAGCCGUCAGUGCCCGCCGCCUCCGACGUCUCCGCCGGGCUUCAUAAGCCGACAGGACCAGAAGAGAAUGACGCUGGGACACAGCAAACUGGACCUGGUGAACCAGUACAACAAGAAGCCGAAGCAGGUUUACAGCCGCUUCGAGCUCAAGAGCACAAACUAAGCUGACAGAACUACGGUCCAGGGGACCGCGUUACCUUCAGGUUCCGUUUUACAACUCGGAGACGGGACUCUUUGGACA